AUGGACUUUCUAGAGCCACGGAGGGCCUACACUCGGGCACACACAGAAGACAUAGAACUCAGUAGCCCAGAUGUCUACUUGGAGCAGCAUUCUUUGGGGUCCAAGUCCAGUUUCACAACGACCUUCAGCUCGACGAUCAAAGAUGAAUCGCCUCUCCUUGACGCUGAUAGCCGUCCUGGUCGGAAAGGAUUCUACAUCUCAGGAAAAUCUCUGAAACUCCCCUUCUUCGUCUGGCCGACUCGCCUCUACGGGUGGCGCACCGGCGCCCUCACAGCUGCCCUGCUUGGCGCGAUAUCGUUGCUGAUCAAUCUCGUGGUGGUCUCCUGGCUUGCUGCCCGCGGCCACGGAUCUAGCCUUGUUGAAAUCUACAACGGUCACUGUGGCAAGGUCGAAUCCCUGGACAUUUGGAUCCACCUGGCGAUCAACACGCUCAGUACUUUACUCCUGGGUGGUUCCAAUUACUGCAUGCAAUGCCUCUCUGCUCCUUCCAGGGAGGAUGUCGACCGCGCCCAUGCGAGGGGUGAAUACCUGGACGUGGGGGUGCCGAGUGUGAGAAAUCUGAGGAGGAUUGCACGACGAAAAGUAAUACUAUGGUGGGCCCUGGGAUUGUCCUCCAUACCUUUGCACCUCAUGUACAAUUCUGCAUUCUACAAAUCCCUUGAAACCAACGACUACAAUUUAUACUUUGUCACACAAGAUUUUGUCGAUGGCAAACCGUUUGUGCCGUGGGAUGGUUACUCGGACCUACCCGACCAGAACGAUAUCCAGUCUUCACUCCUCACAGAUCCGGACACAUGGGAACGCCUAGACAACGACGCAUGCAUCCGUGCCUAUGCCACGGAAUUUUUGACCAGUCGCCGGAAUUUGGUUUUGUUGUCAAAUAACAGCACAAAAAAAGCGAACGAGAGUGUGCUGGAGGUGGCAGACUAUGGCUCUGGGGACGUAGAUGCCUUCGACUGGAUUUGCAACAGUGAUACAAACAUAGCGUCCAAGGUCGAUGUACCUUAUGGACCGGACGGCAACACACGACCAUGCGAAACAUGGGUUUCUAAAGUCGAAGCCAUUGCAACCCGAUGGCAACCCUACAAUUUCGACGUCGAGUACUGUCUCUCUGAGCGGGUGAGUGAGAGAUGCAGCUAUAACGGCAACAUUCCAAUUAUAGCGACUGUUCUGGUAUGUAAUGCCAUCAAGAUUGUGGGAAUGCUCUUCGUCGCCUUUCGAUUGGAAGAUAAUCCUUUGAUCACGGUGGGAGAUGCCGUGGAAAGCUUUUUGAACGAAAAUGACAAGUCGACCGAAGGCUUUUGUUUGCUGAGCAAGAGCGAUGUGGUCAUGGGCAUGCAGUCAAAGAGCCACUGGUCGCUUCGAGCCCGAGGGGGAGAUGUCCAAUCGAGGGCCAAAGUGGCUCGGCUACGCACAAAAAUUGGGCUCCAAGCUGCCAGCCUUACACGGUGGUCAUCGACCGUUGGCUUCCUGGUCCUGGCGUUGAUCGUGGUGGCCGUCUUUCUGGCCAUUGCAGUCAAGGCCAUCCAUUUGGACGGCUUCGACAUUGGCGCGAUUGGCUUUGGCAAAGUCACUCAGGCGGCGGUGAUCAGCGGUUGGCAGGUCGGCGCCACUGGCUCUGCAUCGUCCAAGAUCCUCUCCGCGAUCCUCAUCGCAAACUUGCCGCAAACCAUCUUCAGCUUCUUAUAUCUGAAUCUGAAUGGAGUAUUGACGAGCAUGUGGUUAGCGAGCGAAUGGAGUAAUUUCGCCACGCAGAGGAAGACUUUGAGAGUGUCGAGACCGAAGGGGGCACAAAGGAGCACACACUUCCUCCAGUUGCCCUACAAGGCUGCCGUGCCCUUGAUGGUUCUCUCCGGAGCCUUGCAUUGGUUGAUCUCACAGAGCAUCUUUCUGGCGGUGGUUGCGGAAUAUAACGCCGACGGGACUCUCUAUGACCCUAUUUUUAUUGCCUCUUGUGGUUUUUCUCCCCUGGCCAUGAUUGUGGUGCUUGUGCUGGGAGGAGUCCUCGUUGUUGCUACUUUGGGGCUGGGGAACAUGAUGAGAUAUGACCCAUCGAUACCGUUGGUGGGGAGCUGUAGUGCGGCUAUUGCGGCCGCGUGCCAUCAGCCGAAUUGGGACACUGACGCUUCACUGAAGGCUGUGCAAUGGGGCGUCAUCCCCGGGAUGGCUGACGGUGAUGGAGUUGGGCAUUGUGCUUUCAGCAGUGGCGAUGUUGAGCCUGUACGCGAGGGGAGAGCAUACACUGGGAUCACAGACGACAAGCAAAGUCUGAAGUCAGUCGAAGGACACAACAAUGCCAAACGUCGAGCCCGACGACAUGUGGUGUCGGACUGA